GGGCCGUUUAGUUCGUGUUUCAAGGUUCUUAGCACUUUCUACCCUGGGUUUUGCGUCUAAUCUUACGUAUUCAGCUAGGGAAUAUUAUUUGGCAUUAUUCUGGGACUUGAGUCGGUGGUGAUGUUCUGCUCAGUCGGGCUACCGGAGUCUAGCGCUCAUAUUUUGCCCUUCUUUCAUUUGAGGUGCAGCUUGAUACUUGUGUAGCGCGACAACCUUCAACCCAACAAAGAGGGGGUGUCCUUUUUUUUCUUUGCGGAUGUCGGCUCAGGGUGCAUUCUUACUAUCAAUACCGAUAUGCGCUCGAGAACUGGCUGUCUAACAUGUCGUGCGCGCAAGCUGAAAUGCGAUGAAAAAAAGCCCCAGUGUUCUCAGUGCCGGAAGGCCUCGAGGGAAUGUCGGCCCAGCGAGGGCAUCGUGUUCCGACACCAGCAAAAUGCGUCGAUGAAUAAAGAUGACAGGGGAAGGCUGACGGGUUUUUAUUCGUACAAGAAUACAUUUGAUGAGAAUAGUGUGUGGUUGGAGAUACCAAAGCAAGUGACUUUUAUUGACGUUACCGAUCCUUAUGCCGAAGAAUUGGAGGCUUCUCUUGCGGGGCCCGAGAGCGCACCUGCAAAUCGACCAUCGAAUCUUUGGGGUAACAAUGGACUGCAGCAUCUUCGCUCAGCAGAUACUCAGACUCAUGGUCUUGAGGCCCUUUCCGCGGCCGCCACGGGAGACACAUACACUUUGCAACAACCGCCAGCGACUACGGGACAAAUAUCCGUCAGCUCCACUGUACAUAACAAUAUUCCCUUCGCUCAGACGGAGGCUCACCAUACGCUGGGAUCCAUGCCAUCUCCGAAUCAAAUACGGUCAUCCAUGACAGAUCCUGCUUCCCCUUCAAUGUCAAUCGCAUCGAAUAAUAACAUAAAUUUCCUUCUUAAUCCGUCUACAUCAAUUUCUCCACCAAUCGAUCCCAGCCUUCACGCACCCAGCGAUCGCAGAGAGUCCCCUUUUCACCAGAGGGUCAUUGGUUCCCAGACAAGGCCCGUCGAAACUGACCAUGAGAUUGCAUUCUUACUCCGGCAUUUCUCAGAAUCUCCCGGACAGUGGAUGGACCUUUUCGAUCUAGGCUCUUAUUUUGCAUCGCACGUACCCAUUAAGGCCGUUGCGAAUCCUCUUCUGAAGUACGCCGCCUGCGCCUAUGCCGCAAAACAACUUGGUAGAGUCAAGGGGGCCAAGGGCAACGUUGGUGGUGUCUGCAGCAGACAAGCAAGCAUGGAAAUAUGGCCAGAUGCAGACAGGGUUGACUGGUAUUUCCAUGGAGCUAAAUAUUACGAAAAAGCUAUCCAACUACUCAUGGAAGCGUUACAACAUGACGGGCAAGGUCUUCCGAUUAGCACUGCGGAAGGCUUAGGACAGUGGCAAGCAGCGGAACUGUGCAGUGCAGAUGAACAGAGUCAUCCUUAUAAGCGACGGCGGAGGUUUUCAAACAGCCGAAUGUCGAGCGCGAAUUCUGAUGAAGUUCUAGCUGCUACAGCUAUCUUGUCCGUGUACGAAUUUUUGGACGCAACAGGGCCGGCAUGGGAUCGGCAUUUGAGUGGAGUAAAAUCACUAUUAGAUAUUGCAGAAGUUGGGAUGAUGCCACUUGAACAAUGUGUAUCCCCUGGAGAAACGCCUCGACCUCCCUUACGGAAAGCCAGCUUUUCCAAGGCUAGGAGGGCAACGUUUUGGAAUUUUGCCAGGCAAGACUAUCUAUCAGCUUUUAUUAACAAGUGUAAAUGCCGAUUGGACACAGAUGAUCUGACUUUAUGGACAGAGGCAGGGCUCCUGUUAAAUGACAUGGGAUAUGUUCAACCGAGUAAUACAUCCGUUCGCUACCAGGAGGGAGAGGAUGUCAUGAUGGAAGACAUGAUCUCAAAUGCCCUAGUCUGGUUGUCUUCAAAAAUUGUUAAUUAUCUAGCAACCGACGAUAGCAAUGCGCGGCGAACAGAGACUGCUUUAAUGGCCCGGUGGCAACAGCUACGAACUGAGGUCGAUGUAUGGUAUCGAGGAUUGUCAGAUGCAUUCAAACCGUGUGCGCGGGUUUACCACCCGCCCUCAUCGUUGAAAGCGAACGAAGAACCGUACCCCUUCCAAGAAAUUUGGUAUAGCAUUCCCAUGUGUGCGUCAGCAAUGCAGCAUUACCACAUGGCUCGAAUCCUGCUACUUGUUAACAAACCACCUGAACCAACCGCCUUCAGAGGUACAGUAGCCGGCCAAGAAAAUCCCCAUCGGUCGGUGGAAGCCGAGAUCCGCUUCCAUUGUCUUGAGAUAUGUGGGAUAUCUUUGUCUAGGCCAGACGCUUCUGCACGGAUAAACUCUGUCCAGCCGCUAUUCCUCAGCGGUAUACACCUUACUGACGAUCGAGAAAGGAUGACUGUUUUACGAUUACUUCGAGAAAUCGAAAGUGACCUUGGCUGGGCGACUGAAUACCGUGCGGAACAGCUGCUGAAGCAAUGGGGGUGGAAUCACAACGGUGCUACAUGACGGCCCUCAGUAUUGAAAAGAAAUAUAAAUAUCUACAGUGUCCAGCGCUUUGAACACAUGCAAAUGAAAAAUUCGAACAUGGGUUUGCGGCUGACAACUGGCGCUUGGUUAUUCCGUACGGAGCAAACUACAGCAUGCCAUAUUGAAGCUUAGCCGGCGACACUUGACUAUCAGAACCCAUCGACAAAAUCUUCCAAUUUUCCAGCUUUUCAGCUAACCUCCAUGGUGAUAAUAUCGAUUGAUGGAAAGAAAUACUAGAGUGACCCCUUUUUACGACCAACUCCACACGAAACCAAUUCGCUUACGAUCCUCCAUACCGGCCAGCUUACCGCUAAAUUAAUAGAUUGAUGCGGCAAAGCACUUCCACAAGCUAAUUCCAUGGAGUGUUUGAUGAAGGUUAGCUAUCUCAAGAAACGGCGAGCUAAACUGCUCGGAAAUAUAAGCGGUUGAUUAUCCGAGCAAAGAAAACUACUGGUCUUUCUCUAUCUCUAGGCUGUAUGGGCCCCAGUGUGAAAUGCUACCUUUUUCACUUCGAAACCGUGAUUCUGACAUGCAACUCUAAAUAUAGGCCUGGAUAAGGUACUGCUGAGGUGAGCCGAUCUCUGUGGCCCAUUUUCUCGUGGGAAAUGUGUGCCAAUUGAUCCUUCCUAUUUUGAUUAUCGAAUUUGUUUAGCUAUGAAAAGGCAAACUUCGCAAAUUAAUGAACAAAUUAUUACAUCCCUUUCAA